AACACAUGGCCAAGAUUUUAAAUUUUAUUAGUCCAUUUCACAUUUAUGCUGUUCAGACCUUAAAAAAACAACAGAAAAAUUUUUUGGUCAAGUUUAUCAAAACAGUAUGAUAGUACCCAACAUUAAAAGUAAGCCAGUAUAAAAGAAAACAUCAACAUCAUAACAUGAGCAUUUUUUAAGAGAUCUAGGUCUUGGUAUGUCAGAUAAAAACAAACUGAAUUGAAGAGGUUAAUUGCAGCUCUGAGACUAAAAGGAACAUUACUAGGUACUGAACUUCUCAUGCAGUGUAAGCAAUGGAGAAAUUAAGAUAUGGGUUCGUUACCUUCAAAGAGUACUGCGGCAGUUAUGAUGUCCCUCUCCUCGCUACACUGCUACCGAAGAGUGCACAAGGGAUGCCGUUAUGCAAAGGCUGCCUACAGGCUGUACUUCUUGACCGGGAUCAGCACCAUUGUGAGGGACACAAUUUUUAGUCCAUCAGAAUAUUUUGUGACAUUGACCGAUGUUUUGUUUGCUUGGUGUUAUGUGUUGGGGCUACCACUAUUAGCGGCUGAUGUGUGCAGGUGUUCAGGUGCUUUACCGGACUUGGCAGCGGUGCACUUGAUAAUACCAGUUGCAAGCCUUACUAUGUUCCAUGUCAACCCUGAGCACGUAGACCCGUAUCUCCUCGCUGUAUCCCACUCUUGUAGCAUACUUGCCAUAUUAGUUUGUGGAGUGGUUAGUGGGCAUUCUGCCUCAUUUGCUUUCAGUCUGAGCUACUAUUUUGCAAUGUUCAGGCUUGACCCAAUGUUUGACAAGGGGAGGAUGGUGGAUUUUAUGGAGCACUGGCAGUUCAUCAUUGCCAUAUCAAAUCUGUUCUCCGCUUAUUUACUACCAAGGUGAAAGUCAGCACACCAAUUACUGUGAUUGAAAAAAUACAUUUAGAUAAAUCGGC